GGAGGCUGGUGCGGGGAUCGUCCCGCAGACACAACCCCGCAAGGUCUUUCCCUUCCGGGCUCUGCUGUUCUUCCUGGACCCAUGCCCAACCCAGACUCUUUGGACGGAGCCCUGUAAGCGGAACUUUCCGGUUUUGGACUCCUAACGCCGCUACUUAGUCUGCAACUGCUGGCAAGUUGCCCAUGGGGAGGACUUCGCAAUGAAGCAGGAAUUGAGGCUGAGUUUGAGAAAGCUGCUGAGGAGGUUAAGCACCUCAAGACCAAGCCAGGAGACAAUGAGAUGCUUUUCAUCUACAGCCACUACAAACAAGCAACUGUGGGUGAUGUAAAUACAGAACGGCCUGGAAUGUUGGACCUCAAAGGCAAGGCCAAGUGGGAUGCCUGGAAUGAGCUGAAAGGGACUUCCAAGGAAGAUGCCAUGAAAGCGUAUGUCGACAAAGUAGAAGAACUAAAGAAAAAAUAUGGAAUAUAAGGGACUGCCAGCCACACAUUUCACCUAAACGGAUAUAAUGCCUUGUUUUUCUAAUACUGUGGAUGAAGUUAAUAAAUAACUAGUUAACCCAGCUGCUCAAAAUAGCCCAGGAUAUGACGCUAACAGAGAGGGGCUGAAAUGGUUACUGACCCUCACUGAGUAGUUUUUAUCCGUAGAUCAAUUAAAAAUACAUUUGUUACUUUUAA